AUGAGCACACGGAAACAAUCAAAUGUUAAAAUAAUUAAAGAAUUAUUCCCACACUGGAAUGAAGACGAUUUAGAUCAAGUUUUAAUUGACGUUAACGGUGUACUUGAAUCUGCGGUUGCUAGAAUUUCUGAAGGCCACGCUUCUCAAUUCUCAACGGUACAAUCAAAGAAGGAGAAGAAGGCUGCGGCUCCGAGCGUACCAACAACUACACCACCUGCUCCUUCAAAACCCAAGUCUAGCACGCCCAAACAACCUCGCAACACCAACAAUCAAAGUUCUCGAGGUCAACCCGCUACUAGAGGGUCCUUCAACCCUCCACGUGGCCCAAGAGGUGGUUCUGCUAGAUCAAGUACACGUCAUUCAACUACUCCUGCUAAGUCUACUCCUUCAAACUCAACUACUCCGGCGAAAUGGUCUGAUCCUUCAACUAGUAGUGAGCAAGGCGUGGUCAAUAGCACGGCAACAGGAACAGGUACAGGCACAAGCACAACUACAACCAAUCAACUCCCAUCCUCUCAACCCUCCUCCUCCGCUGCUCUAAGAUCCUGGGCUCAAAUCGCCAAACCUCCUUCUCCAAAGCCCGAAACUAUCGUCGAAACCGUCGGUGAAUCCGUCGUUCAACCCGAUCCUAUUAAACAGCAAGAACUCGACCAAGAAAACCACGAUCACGACCUUGUCCACGAUCAUGUCCAAGUACAAGUACAAUCUCAACCAAACCCUCCAGCUCAACCACAUCAAGAUUCUCAAUUCAAUUCCACCUCCUUGUCUCAACCUUCCGAAAAUUUGUCUUGGGAUCAACCUACUACUGCUUGGAAUAAUUCAGAUUCCGUUUGGCCAUCCGAUUCCACUCCAACUUGGGAUGACUCUAAACCUUCCGAACAAUCCCCUGUCAAACAAUCACAAGACUCUUCAAAAUCCACUCAACAAACAAACUCUUCUGCUCCUCCUGGCUUUGGAGCUCCUCCAAAACCAAACUCUAGAGCUGCUCAACGUGCUAGGCAAGACGCUGCUGUUGUUAUGCCAGGUGCUUCCGAUAACAAAUCUCUUGGAAAUGCUAUUGGCGUUCAAUUUGGUAGCUUAUCCUUGUUAGAUAACGGUGCUGGUGGUCCUGGUCCUGGUCCUGGUGGAUAUGAGGAACAACCUGAUCAAUCAGAGCAAUUAAAGGCUACUCAACCUCAACAAGAUUCUGUUUCUAUUAAUCAACCUGAGCCUUCUUCUGCUUCUGUAGCUGUACCUGCUCCUGCUCCUGCUCCUUCACAACCAUCUCAACCCGUUCAACCUGUCACUCAACAACCAACUACUCAACAAUCUGAAAUUUCUGCAUACACCUCUCAACAACCACAGCAAGACGUCUACGGUCAAUACUUCCAACAACCUCAACAGCAACCUUCAAUUCAACCAACUGAACCAACUCAACCACAUCAACCCGUUUCUUCGCAAGCUAUUCCUCCUCAAUUCCAACAAUACAACCAAACUGUUACUCCAACCCCAGACGCAUACUCUAACGUUUUCUCCAACUUAGCUGCUCAGCCAGGUCAAUUAGGUGGUGGUGCUUUUGGUCAGCAAACUCAAAACGAUUAUGCUGCUCUUUACAACGACCAAGCCCAAAGGGACUUUGCUCUUCAGCAGGCAAACUACUACGGUCAACAACAACCAUCCAGCUUCGGUAGACAAAUUGGCCAAGAAGACACAAAGUCAGUCCCAACACCUUCAAUCAACCAAGCAAGCACCCCAUCAAUCUCCUCUCAACAAACUGCAUCAGGUUAUCCCGGCAUCACCGCCCCAAUGCCAUACUACUUUAACCCAUAUGCAGCAGCAUACGGAGCACCAAAUGCUGCAGCAUUCUAUGGUCAAGCAGCUGCUAGUCCAUAUGCACAAUUUGCUGCCAAGUACCCAAUGUACCCAGGACCACAACCAGGCACAGGAUUUCAACAGCCAUCGCAACCCAAGCCAAGUGGAGCAGCAAGCGCGAGUGGAGCAGCAGCAACUCAAUCACCAUAUGUUCAACACGCAGCAGCAACCGCGACGAACAAUGUAGCAUCGCCAUCGCCAUAUCCAUCGUACGACUCAGCGAAUGCAUACGACAGCUUCUUGAACCAGUCGCUGCAGAAUGCUGGUAGUCCUGCAAUCAGUCAUCAAGAGAAGCAGCAACAGCAGCAGCAGCAGCACGCGCCAAAGAGUCAACAACCUCAACAGCAACAUCAACAACACCAACAUCAACAACACCCUCAACACCCUCAACAACAGCCUUACAACGCUUUCGGUAGCGCGUAUCAGGCUCCUCCUCUCUUCCAAACACCUAGCUUCUCCCACUACCAAGGGUACGGCGGAUGGCAGGCGCAGCAGAGAUAUGGACAGGGCUAUCCAUAA